CUGGCAGCACUGCUGGGCUGCACUGGUGGGUGGCACUGGUGGGCAGCACUGGUGGGUGGGCACAGGUGGGUGGCACUGGUGGGCACAGGUGUGGGUGGGCACAGGUGGGUGGCACUGCUGGGCACAGGUAGGUGGCACUUCUGGGCACAGGUAGGUGGCACUGCAGAGUGGCACAGGUGGGCGGAGCUAGUGGGCGCACUGCUGGGCACAGGUGGGCAGAACUUGCGGGUGGCACUGCUG